UACUAAAUAUUUAACCUCGAAAAAAAUGAAUAUAGAACAAAAUCGUUUAAAUUCUUUUCAAAAUUGGCCUGCGUUUAGUGUAAUCGAACCUGCACGUAUUGCUAAAGGUGGAUUUUUUGCAACUGGUAAUGGUUUUGAGGUAGAAUGCUUUUCUUGUGGUAAAAGAAUUGACGAUUGGAAUUAUGGUGAUCAAGUGAUGGCAAGACAUCGAACUUUAAAUCCACAAUGUCCAUUUGUUUUGAAUCCAGCUAAUUCAGGAAAUGUGGCUUUAACACCUAAUACAAGUGAAUCGUCUUCACGAAUAAUGCCAAAUGAAAUGUCAAUGGAAGAAUGCCGUUUGGCUACAUUCUCUACAUGGCCUUGUUCGAAUAUUAUAUCUCCAAAAUUGUUAGCUGAAGCUGGAUUCUUUUAUUUAAAUAAAAGUGAUAAAGUGAAAUGUUUUAAAUGUAAUGUCAUAGUUGGGAAAUGGGUAGUUGGGGAUCAACCGAUUGAAGAGCAUAAAAGAUUGUGUCCGAAUUGCGAGUUCAUCCGGCAAUAUUUUGUUCCUGGAGAUAAAAUCUCAAUAACUUCCAAUGAACAAGUGAUCUCACAAACGAACUUCCAAGAAUUAGGUAUACAAAAGCAUAAAGGACCACAUCAACCAAAGUUUGCAACAUUAGAAUCUCGUUUACGUAGCUUUGACGGAUGGCCUGAUGAAUUGGUUCAAACACCAGAAGCACUGGCAGAAGCAGGCUUUUAUUAUACAGGAUCCAGUGAUCAAGUACGAUGUUUUCAUUGUGAUGGUGGUUUAAGACGAUGGGAUCCCCAAGAUGAGCCGUGGCGAGAACAUGCUCGAUGUUUCCCAACUUGUGGAUUUUUAUUACUUGUAAAAGGACAAAUGUUUGUCCAAAAUUUUGCUGAAGCUAAUGCAAAUUUGGAUGGAAAUGUUGAAGGAGCCACUAGAAGUUUUGGUACGGAACCAUUUGAUCGCAUUCGUGUUCUAAACGAUCAAGAUCUACAAAAUCUGAUGGAUUCAGCCGAAGCUAGAGCAGCCUUAGGUAUUGGAUUACACGUUGGUCGAAUAAAACAAGCUAUCAAGUAUAAAGUUGAGCACACAGGGACUCCAUUUUCAACAGCUGAUGCAUUAAUUGAAGCUGCGUUAAAUGUUCAGCUUGAAGAAUUAGAAUCAACUGAUGAACACGAUAAUCAAAUAUCGGAAGCUGUUUCACGUUUACUCAAUGAAGCGAUUAGUCAGGCGAAUGUUGAAAAUAAUAUGCCCAGAAAUAGUAUACGACGAACAACAGAUAUUGUAACAAAUAAAAUUGAUGAAAAUAUGACGACGACAAAUAAUAUUUCGACAACAAAAGUAUUGACUCUAGAAGAAGAAAAUCGACGAUUGAAAGAAGCACGUCUAUGUAAAAUAUGUUUAGAUACUGAAGUUGGUGUUGUAUUUUUACCAUGCGGCCAUCUUGCUACGUGCAUUAAUUGUGCACCAAGUUUAAAGGAUUGUCCUGUUUGUAGAUCAUCGAUUAAAGCGUUUAUUCGUACAUUUUUGUCAUAAUAUCUUGUUGGUGUUUUU